UGCUCGUGGGACGACUGCGACCGCUCAUUUGCGCGCAAAUCGGACCUGGUGCGCCACUUCCGCAUCCACACGGGCGUCAAGCCCUUUGAGUGCCCGUGGGACGACUGCGACAAGCGCUUCAUCCAGCGCUCGGCGCUCAAGGUGCACUUCCGCACCCACUCGGGCGAGCGCCCGCACACCUGCGAGGCCUGCGACCGCAGCUUCAGCGACUCGUCGUCGCUCGCCCGCCACCGUCGCACUCACACC